AUGCUGCUGUCUCCCCCUCCCCUCACUUCCCCCUCCCCUCCCCGCUGCCCGCCCCCUGAGCUCCUGAGGGAGUCGGAGCGCUGCCUGUUCGCUUUCUACCGGCUAGUGCGCAGUGGCGCCCCUGUGUGGCGGCUGGAGGAGGUGCGGCGGCUGGAGGUGCGGGUGUGGGACGAGGGUCUGGGUCAGCUGGAGCCCCUGUCACCAGGUCACGCUCUGGUCUACGCCCUGGUGCAUGACCGCACAGACUACUGCGCCAUGUUGUUGCGGAGCUAUGGACGCGUCGCGCUGACACCGCCGCCCUGUGCCUUCUGCACGCGCUCAGUGGGUGCCACACACCUGCGCCUCGCUGCCACCUACGACCGUCAGGAGGCGCUGCAGCUCAUCCUGGACACACUGCAGUCAUCGCUCUCCCCCGCUGAGCUGCGUUCGUACCUGGACUCUAGGUCGCCCUGUUCUCACCUGGACAGUGGCGAGACGGCAGUGGCGGUUGCCGUGGCAAUGUGUCACUCCCGCUGUCUGCUGAUGCUGUUGGCAUCUGGUGCCACAGCAACAGGGCUGGAGGCGGGGCUACAGCAGCUGGAGGCGGGACGAGGGCCAAAGCAAGAAGCUCUAAGGUGUGUGUACUUCCUGCUUUUGUUCGGACAUGCCUCCUCGCCCCGCCCCCUGGACUCGCAGCUGCAGUGCAUUCUGGGAGACCCACUGUUCCGCUGGCUGUCGGGUCAGGCUCCGCCCACACUGCUUCUGCAUGCGCUCAGAAGUAUCGCUCGCACCGCACCGGCCGCCAUCAGCACCCUGCCCCCUGGACUGCGCCCCUAG